AUGGCUAGCGCAGAUACAUCACCCCUCCAAGAUCCGAUCCACUACUUUGCAAUCGUUUCAAGCCUCCUGCUCGGUUGGAUGGAACCGCUCUCAACGACUACAGAAGGGCCACCACGCUUCGAAGGUGUCGUGGUUGACAGAAAUCGCGAAGAGGCCGCAGCCUUCGCUUUGGAAGUUUAUGCUCAUGGACUGGAAACUCCACCAAGUGAACGUUAUUACAUCUUCUGGGCGGAUGCAUCUGUAUGCCAGAGUCUCGGGGCCGGGACAGUUGUGUGGAAGAUGUCCAUUGCGACCGAACGGUGGGCCCAAGAAGGCCACUUCUACCCGUACAAAACCAACAAUGUCAUCAUUGUGGAGAUCUUCGCGAUCUGCGCUGCGUUGGAAACGGCGCUUUCACAGAUCCGGGAUCUGCAAUCCACAGCAGAGCAGAGCGAGGACGAGAUACAUCAACCAACACAAAACAGAGGUAAAGUGACGGUCUUCUCCGACUCCAUUGACGCUCUCCAGCUUAUCGACAGCUACUACCCCUCGACUGGGUCUCGGAAUCUCUCUCGAAAGGCCCGCGCGUUCUAUUAUCGGGGGGAAAUACAGACGGUGUUUAAACACACCCAUGAAUUGCGUCGCCUUGUAGUUCAGGUGGAGUUGCACCUUGUCCCGGGACACAACUACAUACCGGGGAAUGUCCAGGCCCAUCAAUAA